AUGUCCGUCACUGAAUUGAGAAACGAUAUCCAUAAGUUAGAUACCGGUUAUGGUCUGAUGAGUUUGACCUGGAGAGCUGAGCCCAUUCCUCAAUCGCAAGCUUUCGAAGCGAUGCACAGAGCUGUUGAGUUGGCCAGAGAACGUGGACACAAGGCCUUCUUCAACGUUGGUGAGUUUUACGGCCCGGACUUCGUUAACUUAAUAUUUGUUCGCGACUUCUUUGCAAAGUACCCUGAUUUGAGAAAGCAUGUAGUCAUCAGUUGUAAAGGUGGUAUGGAGGUUAGCACUCUGACCCCCAAUGGUAGCCAUGAUGCAGUCAUUAAAAGUGUCAAGAACUCGGUCAGCGCCAUUGGUGGCUACAUUGACAUCUUUGAGGUUGCCAGGCUUGAUACCUCUCUAUGUGCCAAAGGCGAAGUCUAUCCAUACGAAUCGUUCGAAGCCCUUGCUGAAAUGAUCUCCGAAGGCGUUAUUGGCGGUAUUUCUUUGAGUGAAGUUACUGAAGAGCAAAUCAGAGCUAUUUACAAGGACUGGGGCAAGUUCUUGACCUGUGUUGAGCUCGAAGUUUCUUUGUUCAGUACCGAUAUUUUCCAUAACGGAAUUGCCAAGACCUGUGCCGAAUUGGGAUUGACUGUCAUCUGCUACUCUCCCCUAGGUAGAGGGCUAUUGACAGGCCAAUUGAAGUCUAACGCUGACAUCCCAGAAGGCGACUUCAGAAAGGCACUUAAGAGGUUUAGUGAUGAAUCUUUGAAGAAAAACCUGGAUUUGGUCAGGUUCCUACAGGAAGAAAUCGUCGGCAAGCGUUCCAAGGACAACUCUAUUACUCUGCCUCAAUUGGCUUUGGGCUGGAUCAAACACUGGAACUAUGUUCCGGAAUACAAAGGCGCCAAAUUCAUCCCCAUUCCCAGUGGUUCUUCUAUCUCUAAGGUCAAUGAAAACUUUGAUGAAAAGAAAACACAACUUACCGACAAAGAGUUCAAAGCCAUUAACGACUUCUUGGCUACUUUCCACACUGUUGGCGAUAGGUACGAAUUCAAUUGA